AUGUUGGGUAAAAAAUCAGGUGUAGCUGAAAGAUUGCUUGAGAUGUACCCAGAUAUUAUUGUUUGGCAUUGCAUGAAUCAUAGACUAGAGCUAGCCUUAAGUGAUGCAGUUGAUGAAGUUGGGGCCGUAAAUCAUUUUCAAAUAUUUAUGGAUAAAAUAUACUCCACUUACAGUAAGUCCAGUAAGUCACCGAAAAACCAGCGUGAACUCUUCGAGUGUGCCUCAAAGCUGGAACAACAACUCCAAAAAAUUGGAAAAGUUUUAGGGACUCGAUGGGUUGCAAGUUCCUAUCGUGCAGUUUCGGCUGUGUGGUAUGGUUACUCUGCCAUUUACAACCACUUUGAAAAGGCAAAGACAGACAAGAACAGAAGUUCUACUGAAAGAUCUAUGUACUGUGGCCUAUCAAGGCAAUUAUCAUCAUUACAGUUUCUGUUAAAUUUAGCCAUUAUGUAUGACAUUUUGGCGGAACUUUCGAUGCUUUCAGAGGCUUUGCAAAACAGAGAAACUACUGUUGUUUAUGCUGAUAAAUUGAUCAGAAGAAGCAUUAGAUUUUUUGAAACUCUGAAAGGAAUGCCUGGACCCAAGAGCCUUGAGGCUUACAUUGCUGAGAAGGACGGUAAUUUCAACAAUGUCCCCAUUACAAACAAUCCAAAAAUUGCGACCAUCAAUCACAAACAAGUGAUAACAAGUGUAAUAAACAAUUUAACUAGAAGAAUGUUUACUACUAAAUCCAGUCAUGAGUCAACAUCAAGCGCCUCUUCAAACUGUAAGCAACAAUAUGAUUCUCUUCUAUCUGAUUUAAAAGUACUGGAAACUGAUCAGUACCCAACUGACAAAUCAGUACGAUAUGGGGAAGAACAAAUUCAAAAUCUCUGCAAAAGGUUUAAGCUUAACAAAACCAAAAUAACAAACUGCUUUCGAGAUUAUAUCGAGGCCAAUUCACCUUCUAGAAUACCAAAAGAUCUCAUCCCGUUGUCGAACUGCACUAAACUGAUUCCAUGUAGUUCGUCAGAAUGUGAACGAGGUUUUAGUCUCAUGAACCAGAUAAUGACUGAUUUGCGAACUAGACUCUUAACCAGACAUGUUUCAAGCCUUAUGUUUAUAAAACAACAUGGACCAAGUAUAAACGAGUGGAAUGUGGGGCCCUAUGUGAACACCUGGUUGAGGAGACACCGCACAGCAGACGACACUAGGACACGCACGGCAAAACCUUCUCCGGAAGAAGAAAAUCCAUUUGUUCAGUUUUUGUUUAAUCGAUUGAAUGAACGCAGUGCUAAAAAAGUUAUUGAAAUGAACUCUUCAAAGAUUUCUAUAGGAAUAUGGUUAGAUAAGUGUGGAUUUAUUGGAGGCAGCCCUGAUGGAUUAUGUGAAGAUGACUACCAUCAACACCAAGUGCCUUUACAAGUUGAGGGAGUCCAACAAAUCUUUGGUUAA